AUGGUGCACACGUCGGUGGUGAAGAGGUCAGCGGAACCGCAUUUCGGUGUGCAAGGGAGGCUGGCAGAAGACCGCAGAGUGCGUCGAGCGGAGCAGCAGCGAGUAAAAUCGCGAACGAAACGAGAUCUGAUAAUGAAACGCGGCCCGUCCACUUCAAGAGCCGUUCUCAACGACGAGAUGUGGCCCCAAAUGUGGUACUUGAAUAGGGGGAAGGGGUUAGAUAUGAACGUGCAGGAAGCCUGGGCCGAAGGAAUUACGGGACGUGGAGUCGUGGUCACGAUUCUCGAUGACGGAUUGGAGAAGAAUCAUCCGGACCUCUAUAAGAAUUACGAUCCACAGGCGAGCUACGACGUCAAUAACCAUGAUGAAGAUCCUAUGCCGCGAUACGAUGUUUUAGACAGUAAUCGACACGGCACCAGAUGCGCCGGUGAAGUGGCUGCAACUGCUAACAAUUCCAUGUGCGCGGUGGGAGUUGCAUUUGGAGCUGGUGUCGGGGGUGUGAGAAUGUUGGACGGGGAUGUGACAGAUGCCGUCGAGGCAAGAUCCCUGAGCCUGAAUCCUCAACACAUCGACAUUUACAGUGCCUCUUGGGGACCGGACGACGAUGGAAAAACAGUGGAUGGCCCUGGUGAACUCGCCACCAGAGCUUUCAUCGAGGGGAUUACGAAGAGAACUGAUAGGUUCCUCGAAGAAGAUGAAUAA